AUGGAACUACCCAAUGAAUGCACGAGUUGCCGAUUUUCAUUCAACGAGACAAAAGCUAGAGCAGUUAACUUUCGCCAUUUCGUCGAUCGUAGCACGAUACCAGCCAUGGCAGUCAGAGCGCUCGUCCUCGCGUGCGUGCUCCUCCUCGUGUCGACGUCCGCCUUGGCGCAGCGUGGUCCGCCUGGCGGAGGUCCUCCCGGCGGUCAGCGCGGAGGUCCUGGCGCCGGUUACGGCGGCCCUGGCGGUCCCGGUGGUCCCGGCGGUCCCGGUGGUCGCGACGGUCCCGGCGGGCCUGGCGGACCGCGCGGUCCUCCGCUGAACCUCACCGCCGUCGGGAAUUUGACGGCCGAUAUCGGCGCGCGGCUCGACAACUGCACGGUGGAUCAGAAGACCCUCAACGGCAGCUUCCACCUCGCCGUCUUCAAGAACUCCACCGGAAAUUACAAUCUUCUGGUCGAGGCGAUGCUGGUGGACGCGGCGGGCGGUCCACCCGACUCGAUCGCGAUCGUGAAGGGCGCCGUGUGCGACGCCGCCGCGACGGACGUGCUCGCGCUGCCGCUCGCCGCGGCGGACUGGCAGCAGCGCGCGGGGUGGUGGCUGCUGCACGCGGAGGCGCGCCUCGACGCGUUCCUCGAGAACGCGGACGCCGCCACCCUCGACGCGCUGCUCGCCGUGCUCCCCACCGCCUCGCCUCCGCCCACCAGCGGCGGCGGGCGCAACGGCGGAGGCAGCGCGGGGGGCGCGCGGAACGGGCAGGGCGGGAGGCGCAUGGGGCGGGAGCUGCUGACGCACGCAUUCGGGCGCGCUGCCAGGCAGGGGGGACAGAAGCAGGGGGGACAGAAGCAGCAGGGGGGAGCGCAGCAGGCGCCUGCAGUGAGCGGGUAUGCUGUGCUGGCGGGCAGCAGCGCAGCAGGUGUGACGUGGGGCGGGCAGCUCAUGGGCGCCAAGAUGCUCGCUGCUGCUGUUUAA